GAAGCAUGCCGGGACCUCCAGGUCUCCAGGCCUGAACCGGCCUGGUGGGAGGGAUACCCUGCAGAACGCUCGGGCGCCCCUGACACGACACCGCUCCUCCUCAGAGAGCACACAGCCCCUACCGAAGCGAUCCCAGGGGUAUGUAUGGAGUCCGCCACACACCGGCUUCCCGCCACUUCCUUCAAACCACACGGAGCUGAAGGAGGAAGGCGGCAGCACCGGCUCCUCGGAAGCGACUGAAAUGCGCCUCUGCGAACAAACGCAAAGGCGGGCUGGAUCGCACUCCUGAUUGGCUGGCCGCGGGGUCGAAAGGGAGCGCUUGGAUUGGCGGAGAUGUAAGGAUGGGCCGACGCGGAGGCGCAACUCGUGAUUGGUGGAUGCGCAGUCCCCAGGGCGCCAGCGAUUGGUGGCUGGCCGAGUGCGCGGCGCUGAUUGGACAGCGGUGGUAAGGCUGAAGGCCGGCUUUGAGUCCGCCCCGCCGCCUGGCAUACUGGCGGAAGGGGAAGGGGGGCAGGCGCGGUGGGGAAGAUGGCGUACCAGAGCCUCCGGCUGGAGUACCUGCAGAUCCCGCCGGUCAGCCGCGCCUACACUACCGCCUGCGUCCUCACCACCGCGGCCGUGUUGGAAUUGAUCACACCUUUUCAGUUAUACUUCAACCCUGAACUAAUUUUUAAACACUUUCAAAUAUGGAGGCUAAUCACCAAUUUCUUAUUUUUUGGUCCAGUUGGAUUCAAUUUUUUGUUUAACAUGAUUUUUCUAUAUCGUUACUGUCGAAUGCUAGAAGAAGGCUCUUUCCGAGGUCGGACAGCAGACUUUGUGUUUAUGUUCCUUUUUGGUGGAUUUUUAAUGACUCUUUUUGGUUUGUUUGUGAGCUUAGUUUUUUUAGGCCAGGCCUUUACAAUAAUGCUGGUCUACGUGUGGAGCCGAAGGAACCCGUACGUCCGCAUGAACUUCUUUGGUCUUCUAAACUUCCAGGCCCCCUUUCUGCCCUGGGUGCUCAUGGGGUUUUCCUUGUUGUUGGGGAACUCAAUUAUUGUGGACCUUUUGGGUAUUGCAGUUGGGCACAUAUAUUUUUUCUUGGAAGAUAUAUUUCCCAAUCAGCCUGGUGGAAUAAGAAUUCUGAAAACACCAUCUCUUUUGAGGACUAUUUUUGAUACACCAGAUGAGGAUCCCAAUUACAACCCACUACCUGAAGAGCGGCCAGGAGGCUUCGCCUGGGGUGAGGGCCAGCGCCUUGGAGGGUAAAGCAGCUGUGCCAAUUUAUGAAACCCAUCUGAGAAGGACUCAGUGAAAUGCCCAUUGGGAUUCUUUUAUCCCUUGUUGCGAAAGUGUGGACACUUUUGACAGCUUGACAGAUUUUAACUCCAGAAGCACUUUACGGAAUGGUACACUGACUAACACAGAAGACAUUUCCAGCAGUUUGCCAGGGGUUCCUCACUAUGCUGGUACUAAAAGUAUAACAACCUCUUGGAGCCAAAAAACUGGAGAAACAGAUACCCUGCCGCCUCUAACAAGUACAUGGGUACUUGAGCUCUGGCAUAAGGCAGGGCGUCUCCUCCUCCGCCUCUUUGAUAGACAAGGCCGUGGUGUAAAUGGAAGUUUCAGAGAGGACAAAAUAAAACUGAAUUCCAUCUCUCUCACACUGUA